AAAUACGCUGUGCUAUUGACAGUCAUCAAAACUGGAGUUACUGUUUACGUCCAAGUUGUGAAUAGCUGUGCUAAUUUUGCUGAAAUUGUUCAUUUAUUUCGUAGCUGGCCACCUUCCGAUAAGAACAAUUGAAAAUGGCUCGUCGUUAUGAUUCCCGUACUACCAUUUUCUCGCCGGAAGGUCGAUUGUACCAGGUUGAGUAUGCUAUGGAAGCUAUUUCACACGCGGGCACAUCGCUUGGCAUUCUGGCAAAGGAUGGAAUAUUGUUGGCAGCCGAGCGUCGUAACACAAACAAGCUGUUGGACAAUGUAAUCUUCUCUGAGAAGAUUUACAAGCUGAACGAAGAUAUGGUGUGUUCGGUGGCCGGUAUUACUUCCGAUGCGAAUGUCCUUACCAAUCUGCUGCGGGUUAUUGCCCAGCGGUACCAAUUGAACUAUGGCGAGGCUAUGCCCUGCGAACAGCUUGUCUCGCACCUGUGUGAUGUGAAGCAGGCGUACACGCAGUACGGUGGUAAGCGGCCUUUCGGUGUUUCCAUCCUGUACAUGGGUUGGGAUAAGCACUACGGAUAUCAGCUUUACCAGUCGGAUCCCAGUGGAAAUUAUGGUGGAUGGAAAGCCACAUGCAUCGGGAACAAUUCUGCGGCCGCUGUUUCCGCCCUAAAGCAAGAACUGAGCGAUAGUGAUAUCAGUCUCAUGCAGGCACAGGAUUUGGCCGUGAAAGUACUGUCCAAAACCCUGGACAUGACCAAGCUUACGUCUGAGAAAAUUGAAAUGGCUGUGCUUACGCGUGAAAAUAAUAAGACAGUCAUAAAAAUUUUGUCCAGCACCGAGGUCGACGGAUUAAUUGCAAAGUAUGAAAAGGCGGAGGCGGAAGCAGAAGCUGCCAAGAAGGAAAAGCUUGGUCAAACAUCAAAAUAAAUCAUAUAGCUCGCAUGUAAGUGUUCUGUUCAGGUGGAGAUGGCGCGGAACGGGGGCGGAGGAAACAUAUAAAUAAAACUACGCACGCAACGCGGUGCAAUCAUUCAGGAUUCUUAA